ACAUACACUCUGGAGACGAGCUGCCAUAUGUCUGUCUUUCCUUUUCUUCCUAUAGAGUAUGCUUGCUUUUAUCAAUGAAAAAGGCCCUCUCAGGAAAGGAGUGUUCAGAACACCAACCCAUAUGAAAUCUGGCAGAGAACUAAAGGAGAAGCUCAAUUCCGGAAAGAAAGUGAACUGGAAUAGUGAAUCCAUCUUUGUGAUAGUGGCAGUCUUAAAGGAUUUUCUUCAAAACAUCGAAGGAAGUCUUUUCUCAUCCAGUCUGUAUGAUAGAUGGCUUGCUGUUCCUUGUCAAGGGAAGAGGGAGGAUGAGAAAAUAACUGCCACCCGGAGGCUUUUAGACCAGCUGCCAAGAGCCAAUGCUGUGCUCUUGCAGUGUCUUUUCGGGGUAUUAUACAACAUCAAGCAGCACUCUUCAUACAACGAGAUGACCGCUUUUGCCUUAUCACAGCAUAUAGCCCCGAGCCUUCUUUGUCUACCUAACCCUUGCAGCACAGAAGCAGGAAUGUACUUGAUGAAAAGGAUAUCUCUGGUAGAAUUUCUCAUUGAAAACUGCCACAAGAUAUUUGGUGAAGAUGCCACUUCCCUCCUGGGGAAGAGCUCAGUGAACGGUGGUACCAGUGAGGCUACAGUGACAACAGAACAGUCUUCUUGCAUCUCAGCCAGUGACAGUGACAGUGACAGUGAUUCAUAA